GCUUUUAACUGAUGCAAUUUGUGCUCGUGCUUUGGGCGGUGAAAAGGUUCUGGCGGGUAAGCAUCCGGUUCGGCACGUCCAAUUUUCCUAUCAGCUUAUUUUACUCUUAUAUUGCAGCCAUCGGCAACCGAUUGUUUUUGCUGUAUCUUGAUGCAAGCGGAAAUACACAUCGCACAUUUGCUACUGUACCACGAUUGUUAGACAAGAUAAAUGGGAUUGUUGCGUGCCUCCACGAUGCCGGCUUUUAUCAGAUUGUAUUUCAUGCAGGGCGUGAACUGUACAGCACUACCCUGAACUGCCAGGACCAGGACCACACGUUCAGUGAAUGUUCGGUUAUUGCGAUACCGGAGGAAGUGCAACAGUUUCCUGUGCCUCAUGUCCGCCAGCGGAUUUGCGAUCGCAUUAGCUGCAUUUCACUACUCACCGCUACGCAACUGUGUGUUAUGACUAGCCAUGGUGUAGCAGUGCUACUCAACCUUACCGCUAAUGCCACAACCUGGAAGCUCGUGGACAAAUGUGCCUGCGAUGAUGGUUCGACACUCUACUGCGCUACGGUCAGCGGGAAACGAUGGAAAGAGUUGGUGUGCUUUACGGGCACAGCAUUGGGAUUGCUGCUAAUCUGGCGCGUCGCUGGGAAUGCACGGGGUCAGGUGCUGAAAAGCAUUUCAGCACACAACGGAGUGAUAUUUUCGAUAGCGUGUGACUUUGAAAUCGGCCUCCUGACCACCACUUCCGAUGACCGUUCGGUUAAGUUUUGGAAAGUGUGGCAAACAGAAGACGAUGAUACGGUUGAGCUGAAGGAGCAGCAAUACUGCUUUGCACACACUGCAAGGGUUUUCCAAUGUCGCAUCAUCAAAAGUGCAUGCAGAACACUUGUCGCUUCGAUCGGAGAAGAUUCCCACCUGUGCCUGUGGAGCACGAACGGGGACUUGCUCUUGAAAAAACGCCUAGACGAAGGUCCCACGCUCUGGGGAAUGGAUUAUGAUCCGGAAACGGCAACCUUUUUUAUCACGGCCAGCAAUGGCAACUUCCACAAAUACUGCAUCAAACGAUGGAUGGACGACGCCGAGUACUCGAACGGCAAACCCGAAGUGAAGGACAUUAGUCCAUCCCUGGUGGCUGGGGAGUACUUGUGCAAGAUUCGUUUUAUGCUUAUCGUCGAUUGCUUAGUAGCGGUGACAAACAAGAAUUCUGUCAUCAGUAUGCAGAAAGACGGGUCAAUCGGACAUACACUGGCGCACUCCGCAGAGUUCAAAUGUAGCAUCCUUGAAGCAGGUGGCUCUUAUUUGUACCUCGCCGGAGGUUGCACCAUCUUCCUGUACGACGUGUCGCUGAGAGGAGUAAUGAACCUGAUUGCGAAGAAAAGUGUGUCCUUUGCCGCCGAACCAUUGCAAACCGUGAAAGAUGUGUGUUACAUAAAAACGCGCAAGUGA